AGGAUUUGGUAAGAUCUACUACUAAUUAGACACCAACAUACACAAACCAGUUUUAGUAGAACUGAUAGGUAUAUGUAUCCAUCCAUAUAUACCCCCUGUUCAAGACAAUAGACAUCUCCUUCAAAUCGAUCCAACAUCACCAUCUCCACAAAAUCUCUUCCCUUUCUCCACAACCAUGCAAGCUCAAGCUCUUCUGCAAUCAACCCCACUUCGGGUCUCCCCACUUGACCCGCUUCAGAAACACUCUUUACUCACCAAUGUCAAAUCGCCUUCCUUCACCACACGCCGCCGCGCAGUAAUUUCAGCUGUCGCCGCCGCCCCUAAACGUGAGAAGGAUCCCAAGAAACGGGUUGUCAUUACGGGUAUGGGUUUGGUAUCGGUCUUCGGGAACGAUGUCGAUACUUACUAUGAAAAGUUGUUGGCGGGGGAGAGCGGAAUCGGGUUGAUAGACCGGUUCGAUGCGUCCAAGUUUCCGACACGAUUUGGUGGUCAGAUUCGUGGGUUUAAGGCGGAUGGGUAUAUCGAUGGGAAGAAUGACCGGAGGCUUGAUGAUUGUCUUCGCUAUUGCAUUGUUGCUGGUAAAAAGGCUCUUGAAGAUGCUGAUCUUGGUGGUGAUAAACGCUCUAAGAUCGAUAAAGAACGUGCCGGUGUGCUUGUGGGAACAGGAAUGGGAGGUCUCACAGUGUUUUCCGAUGGGGUGAAGUCUCUGAUAGAGAAAGGUCAUAGAAAAAUCACGCCUUUUUUCAUUCCAUAUGCAAUAACAAACAUGGGGUCCGCAUUGUUAGCUAUUGAUUUGGGGUUUAUGGGGCCCAACUAUUCAAUUUCAACCGCUUGUGCUACCUCCAAUUACUGCUUCCACGCUGCGGCAAAUCACAUCCGGCGAGGGGAGGCGGACAUGAUGAUUGCUGGCGGCACCGAGGCGGCAAUUAUUCCGAUUGGAUUAGGAGGUUUUGUGGCGUGUAGGGCUUUGUCUCAGAGAAAUGAUGAUCCUCAAACUGCUUCAAGGCCAUGGGAUCAAGAUAGAGAUGGGUUUGUGAUGGGAGAAGGUGCUGGUGUUUUGGUGAUGGAGAGUUUGGAACAUGCAAUGAAAAGAGAUGCACCAAUACUUGCAGAAUAUUUGGGAGGAGCAAUUAAUUGUGAUGCUUAUCAUAUGACUGAUCCACGUUCAGAUGGACUUGGUGUUUCUUCUUGUAUUCAAAGUAGUUUGAUGGAUGCUGGUGUGUCUGCAGAAGAGGUAAACUACAUCAAUGCACAUGCAACAUCAACAUUAGUUGGUGAUCUUGCUGAGGUAAAUGCUGUAAAAAAGGUAUUCAAGAAAACUGAAGGCAUCAAAAUGAAUGCAACCAAGUCUAUGAUAGGACACUGCUUAGGUGCAGCUGGUGGUCUUGAAGCCAUUGCUACAGUCAAAGCCAUUCAGACAGGCUGGCUCCAUCCUUCCAUAAACCAAUUUAACCCGGAGCCUGCAGUCGAAUUUGAUACCGUUGCAAAUAUAAAACAGCAACACGAAAUCAACGUUGCGAUUUCGAAUUCGUUUGGUUUUGGUGGACACAAUUCUGUUGUAGCAUUCUCUGCUUUCAAGCCUUGAUAAUUGAUUGGUGGAAAAAGUUAGGGUUUAUAAAGAGAGACUUGUUGUUUAAUGUUUGUUUGGCGAUUUUAGUCAUGUUACUUAGAGGUGAGUGGUGAUUGAGUAAGUACAUUUUGAAAUUUAGAGGCACUAGCAUUGCAUUGCGUUCAUGAACAUGUAUCUUCUGUAUUAUUUGGUAAAUUA